CUUUUACUGCGACAAGCGUCAAGGUAAGGAACACAGAAGAUGUCAAGCUUGCUCUCUCAAACUGUUCAGCCACCGAUUCUGACGUUGCUCUCGUCAACAUCUAUUCCACCUAUUUCGCCUCUAUUUACCCAGCAGUCUGACCCUUCAAGCUCAAAGUCAAUCAUCACAGUCAUCCACGAUGACGAGGAAAUUGGACGUCAGAGCUACAUCCGGCCCAGGAAUCCAACGAAAGGCGCACUCAAACAUCGAGUGGUUCAUAUACAAAGCCCAAACCUCACGGAUACGUAUACCCAAAUGGGUAGCGAUCCCCCCACUGGUCAUACCCAGGGCCCGGAAUCGCGGUCUGGCAAGCCCAUCGGGGCGACUCAUCCCUGGAUAUGCCUCCAGCUUCGUCGGCUUGGACGUAGACACUUCAGCUUAGAAGUUGGCCUCGUGGAUUCACGGGGAAAACACGGCAUCGUAAGGUGUUCCUCCUUUCAAACCACCCCAACAUUACACCCUGAUCGACACACACCACUCAUCCACCUGCCGAUCGCUAUACCUCCCAAGACGGCUUCUCAGCUCACGCCAUGGCUAGAUAUCGCCCUUAAUCUGAACACAUUGAUAUCGCUCUUUGGCAUAUUGAAGCCGCCCUCAAAGGCCACAGAAGACUCUACACCAGCCGAGAGACCGAGCAAAAGGCUCAAGGAGGACUCGUCACACUUACCUGACGGAAGUCUAGGCAGCAUCACAUAUAUUCGAGUGUACGCCAACUGCAGACUUAGAAAGAUAUGGCUGUCUGAGCAUGGGCAGAAGACGCUCAAUGAGCUGGGUCAGGCGGGUCAUUAUGACUUUGGGCUCUUUGCCGCGAGGUCCAGUAUGACGUGAAGCCUUGCAAUGGGUCAUGGCCCAAGACCGCCGCCUCCCCCUUAUGCGAGAAUCGACAUACUAUCUUCAGACUACAAAUUGGGGAGUAUCUCUGCGGUCGGAUUGCUACAGUCGUACUAGAAUAGCCGUUGUGGCUCGGACCAGCCCCUCCUGAUCAUAGUGCAGCGAGAGCCCAAAUGGAUAUAUACCAUGCAUGCCACACAUAUCAUAGUG